AUGGAUUCACAAGAGCCAGAAAACCCCGAACUCGAUGCCCUCUCCGUUGCCGAAUCAUGUUCACAGGGUCACACAUCAGUUCUCUCUCUUCCAACUCAACAAGGCGGCAUCAUCUGCCUUCUCUGCCUUUCCAACCUCAUCACAACUCCACGCUCUCCUACCCUCCAUGUCUCCUACGCGCUAUCUCAGCUCUCACUCUCACUCCCCCUCUCUCCUUCUCACCGCACCCAUGCGCACUUUCUUUGCUCUCCUCUCAUACACGCGCUCUCUUCCUUCGAUGACCAGCCUAUUGCCUGCCAAAUUAUCAGUGUAAUUACUACUCUGUGCGCCUCGAACGGUGCCGAUAUUUUUGCCGAAUUUGUCUCAGGUAUCGCCGACAAACUUUCUUCUGGCGCCUUGGCCUGGAGUCGGAGGCAGCUUUAUAUGCUUCACUGCUUUGGAGUUCUCUUAAAUAGUCAAACAAGUAAUUCCUAUGUUCUCAUUAAAGACAAAGACGCGCUCACCUCCAAUCUUGUUGCAGGCCUACAUUCCCCAUGUGAGGAAAUCCGUGGGGAGAUCCUUUUUGUUUUGUAUAAAGUAUCUAUCCUCCAAGCUAAAUCCAUCAACAGUGACGGAGCUGAUGUACUUUUUCCUCACUGUCCUAAGCUCUUGCAUCUUUCAUUGGAGGCUUUGAUGAAAACCCAAAAUGAUGAUGUUCGCCUCAACUGUUUAGCACUUUUGACGAUCUUGGCUCAGAAAGGUUUUUUCGUACAUCCUUAUGCAAAUGACCUAUGCAGCAUGAGUUUGGAUGAGGCAAAUAACUUUAUGGAAAUAACAGAAGAUGGAGAAGAUUGUCCUUCCUUAAAUGUCUUAUUUGCUGAGGCCAUCAAAGGCCCAUUGCUUUCGUCAGACAACGAGGUUCAAAUUAGUUCAUUAGAUUUGAUCUUCCAUAUUUUGUCCUCAGAAGGCACUCCGGGCAAACUGAUCCAAGUUUUGGUGGAACAAAACAUUGCAGACUAUGUAUUUGAAAUACUACGAUUGUCAGAAUGCAAGGAUCCAACAGUCAACUCUUGCCUUCAGGUGCUUAAUCUUCUUUCAACUGCUGAGCAAGCUUUUAAACAGAGACUGGUUGUUGGAUUCACAGCCCUGAUUCCAGUACUGCAUCAUGUUGCUGAAGUUCCUUUCCACCCUUAUCAAAAUCAGACACUGAAGCUCAUCUGGAGCUGCAUUUCUGACUGCCCUGGAAUAUUAUCAAUUUCUCUGGCUGAGGAACUACUUCUUUGUUUGACAAUAAUGCUUAAAAGAAAUAAUGAUGGGGAGAUGAGCAUGCCAACGGAGACAUUUAUUAUGACCUGCUCAAUCUUUGUAGCUAUUCUGAAGUCACCAUCUUCUAGUAGAAUUUCAAACCUAGCAACAUCUAUUCAAGAAGUGCCAAAAUAUGCUGUUCUAGCUUGUAUAAGUACGUUUGGGAAAGAUCCUAGUCAACUAUUGCAUUCCUUGUACCUACUGAAAGAGUUGUAUGCAUACAGCUAUGAGGAGUUCUCUACCUCGAAUUCCAACAACUUAGAGCUAAGAAAUUCAAUAAUCAGUCUGUGUACAUCUCAUUUAUUACCCUGGUUUGUAAAGGCCAUCCAUGAGAUAAAUGAGGAAACUGUACUGGGGGUGCUGGAAACCUUUCACUUUAUAAUGAUUAAGGAUUGUGAUAUGCCAGCCACUGAAUUUGCAAGGAUGCUGGUAUCAUAUUCUUGGUUCAGUUUGUCAUAUGGAUGUCUGGGAUUAUUUCCUUCGGAAAAGUUAAAGUGGAGAGUACAUCUGAUGGUCAGUUCCAUUGUUGAUAUACUUUUAGGAAGUGAUACUGGGCAAUACAUUAGAGAUGCUGUUUGUUACAUUCCAUCUGAUCCUGCUGAUAUGUUGUUUCUUCUUGGUCAAAAGAGUGCUGACAAUUUAGAGUUGUCUUCUUGUCAGUCAGCAGUUUUACUUAUUUUACAUGUUUGUUCUUUAUACAAUGACAGGCUUGCAGAUGAGACUUCAGUUUUAGCUUCUUUAGAGCAAUAUAUUCUUGUCAAUAGAAGAAACUUUGAGUGUGGGGCUGCUGAUUUAUCAACCAUGAUGUGGCUGGUGAAUCUUUAUGGUUUCUUUAGGAAUUUUGCCAACAAAAGCUACCAGAUCUCCUACAGUCCAGAAGCUGAGAGGAUCCUGUUCUAUUUAGUGACUGAAAAUGAAUGGGAUUUGCCUGCUGCAGUGAUCCACUCAUCAUCACUGAGGUGGUUGUUCCAGCAAGAGAAACUUAGCAAGCCAUUGUCUUACCAAAUCCUGAAGCUCUGCAGAAGCCAUGGGACUGAUGUUGUUGUCCAUGGUAGUCAGACUAUUAAUGAAAAGAUGAUUGCAGAGUUGGUUGCAGCAGAAGAUAACUAUGCGGCUGCAAUUUUAGUUAGCUUAUUGAUAGAGCUUGUAGAGCAAGAAGGCCAUGAGCAUGACAUAGUAGUAAUAGUAAAUUUCAUGGAAAAAGCUAUCAACGCUUUUCCAGCUACUUCAGAUCAAUUAUGUCUGCAUGGCAUGGGCAAUGCAAUCCGUGCACUUUAUUACAAAUCUAACCAUUAUUCAUUGCAGACAUUCAUGGCGAUUUCCUUUGUAACAUUUAACAUUUUAUGCUCAGUGCACCCUGAAGUACUCUCUGACAAUGAAGGUUGGGUUGCAGUGACUAUAAAGUUAAUUGACUACUUGGUCUGCACAGUGGCUGUGCAUGGCUGGACUGAUGACAGUUUAAUAAUUACAGGCAUUCUAUCUUUAAUUCUGCACCAUGCCACUAACAAUGCACUUGUAGAAGCUUCAAAAACAAUUGUUCUAAAUACUUCCUUGGUCUCUACCAUCAAUGGCACCAUUGAUACCGCUUGUUCAAAGGGACCAUCGGUGAUUGAUCAUGAUGAGGGAGCAAACACAGGAGAAAGUCUGAUAUUUGUGCUUUUACUAUACUAUUCUUAUUUAAGAAGUUUACAUGCUGCUUUACCAGACCACGUGGAAUGGCAAAAUUUUGUUGAUCCAUUGAACUCAAAGGAGUCACUUACUGCAGUCAGGAUCAACUACCCUGAUUUGUGCAGGCUGAUGCAUUUUGGGUCCUGUUCGGUCAAGCUUGUCUCUUCAUAUUGUCUAUUAGAAUUGUUCAAUAGAUUAUCAGACCAGGAAAGUAGAGAACAUGAGGAGCCGAAUUGCUCCAUAGGUUUCCUAACGUCCAUGAUGGCUGUGUUGGAAGGCCUUGUAUUUUAUAGUGACAUGAGAGUGGCAAUGAACUGUGGACUCUGCCUAUCAAUGGUGUUAGGGUGGAAAAAGCUGGAUUUGCAUCACAGCAGAAUUAUUGCCAAAAAUUUUUGGCUCAGACUGAUAGUAGAAGAGAUGGCAUUGUCUUUGGCUGUUCCAUGUUUAUCAUCAAAAUCUUUCUUUAAUCAUCACAAGCCUGCUGUGCAUGUAGCUGUUGCAUUGCUAAAACUUGAUGAGAUUCCUUUGUGGUUAAGAACUGUGUUUGAUGAUUACUGCAUCUCUGGCAUAAUUGGAAACCUAGAGGCUAGUCAUGUUAGCAGUGAAAUUGUGCUUCUCUUUCGACAAUUAUUUAAUUCCAAUUUCUUGAAGGCAGAGCAAAUUGCUAGCCUCAAUUAUGUGCUGCAGGCUUGCAGAAAAUACAUUUACAGCAACAGCAUUCAAGAUAACAGCUGGGAUGAGCAUGCAGAGAAGAACUUCACCACUCUGGACAAUUUGAGACAAGUACGUGAGUACCUCAUACACUUAAUGUCAUCUCAGUUGUCUGUGAAAUCACAAAAUGGAGAUUCCAGAUUGUUAGAAGAACUCGAAACCUUCUUUAGGUCACAAUGAUAGCAAAAGAAAAUUGUUUUUCUUUAAUCAGAAAUGGGUUCUCAUAAUUUUGCGGCAUACUUACCAUGAAAGGUUUUGGCUUCAUCUAUACAAAAAUCUGAUCUUGUACAUGGAGUCUUGAGGUAAAACACGCGGAAAAUAUAUGCAUUUGUAAAUACUAGUUUUCUAUGCCAAUGCCAGCAUUUAAUGUAGUGUGGGGAUUAUAACGAUUUA